AUGACCGAGAUCAUGCACCUAUUGAAUCGUCGAUUCCUCGACUGGUGCCGGCUGCAUUCAAUAAACCCAGGGCAAACCUUCAUUGGUACAGCACAUUUGCAUCAAGAGGACUGGGCAGAGCUUCGGCUCAAGGCCUAUGCUAGCCGGGUGUUUACUGCCUUCAUGGCUGUGUGCCUACAAGUUGUGCAGAGACAACAUGGAAAUGCUGACAUGGAUCUCAAUCUGAUCACAGUUGCUACUCAACAAUUGUCCACGUGGAUGCUCGAUGUGUCGUUUCAGAACCAUUCCUUGCACUUUGCGCAGAGCGCCGUGGAGUUUGUCCGGCACCAUGCGUUGCACAGCUUGGCGGAACGCGCUCUGAUGAUGAUGUCGCCAGCUGAUGGUGAGAAUCUCAUGAAGUCCCAGUCGAUCAACUUUGAACGUCGCAAGGGUCUUCGUGACAAAAUGAGACAUUUCUUUUACUUGGUGAAGAGCAAGGACAGGAGCGGAGAGGUGGAAGCCAUGGUGUCACACGCCUGGGAUCUCAUCAAGCAGAAGGCUGCCCCUGAGGCAUCGCGGUCUCGUUCUCGAAAGGAACGCUCCAGGAGUCGCCGUUCGCGGCGCCGCUCCAAGUCGCGGCGUCGCUCGAAGUCGCGGCGUCGUUCGAAGUCGCGGCGGCGGCGCUCCAAGUCUCGCAGCCGAAGGAGUCGCAGGCGCCGGAGCAGCAAGCGUAGCAAGUCACGCCGCAGCCGCAAGCGCAGCAAGCGCUCCAAGACCAAGUCGAAGGACAGCAGCAGCAGUAGCAGUAGUUCCUCCAAGCCUGUGGCAAAGGCCAAGGCGAAGGUGGCUGUGAAGGCCAAGGCCAAGGCCAAGGCCAAGGCUUCAGAGACCUGUAGUAGCAGUAGUGAUGACGAGCCACAGGUGGUGGAGCCCGAAGAGGCGGAGCGCAAGGCGGCGGCCACGGCCACCAAGGCGGCGGUGGAAAAAAAGCUGAAGGAGCCGCCUGCCGCACCGCCGGCGCAGCCGGCGGCCAAGUCGAAGGCCGCCGCCGUGGCGGCGAAGUCGGCGGCAUGCGGAGCCAGGCCGAAGGCCAGCGCAGGCGAUGGCAGAAGCCACGUGAAGAAAGUGGCAGCAGCCUUCUCCCACGAUGAUCUUGAGGUGGAACUGCAGACGAUGCGCCGGGAGGAAACGGCCAAGCGAAACCAAGCGGCCAAAGAGGAGAAGGAGAGGCAAAGGGGCAAGAUCGAGUUUCAGAUCAAAGGCCCCAACGAUCCGGUGGCCCGUGUCCUGAAGCUGAAGGAAAGCCUCAACGAAGGAGCCACACCUCCGAGUGCGGAUGGUAUCCCAGAGCCGCCCUCCGAAGCCCCACCAGAGGAGGCACCUGAGCCACCGCCACCACCAGAGGAAACGCCUGAGGACGGUGGCGCCCACACUAGGGAGAGGUAA